AUGCCGGCAGAAAAGAAGCCGCCGGUGCAGCCGCUGUCGCGCUCCCUGAGCGACUCCGUGGACUUGGCGGAGUUCCUCGCGGCGAAGCAGUCCCGCUCGCCUGGAUGGCUGGACGCGGUGAGCCGCGGGCAAUCCUCGCAGUCGCGCUCCGCCUCUGCCGCCAACGCCACGGCAUCCGCCUCUGUCAACCCGAACAGCGACAACCACAACAGUACGACGCUGCACACCACACAGGGCGGCGGCAGCACCAGCCUCGGCGAGCACACCCCGUCCACGAAUCGAUACCCGGCGGAGGCGACGGCGAUGGGGAGCCCAAUUCCGGUCGACACGGAUGACUCCGACGCGAACAUUAACCAACUCAUCUCCCACCUCGGCGCACGCGGUGCGAGCACAUCAGACGAGGCGCACCCCCUUCCUACGGCAACAAACGGAGGGGGGCCACAACACCGGACGACGCCUCCGCCUGCACCAAUGCCAGCCGGGUCAGCCCCGCAGGCGGCAUCGCCGCCCUCACCGCGGCCCAUCACCGCUGUCUACGUCCCCCAUCCGACGGCGCGUGGUGAUAUCGGUAAUAAAACCGCUAGGUCAAUCACUGCCCAAGGUGGACCGCUGAUGCCGCCGCCGGCGCUCACCAUAGCACCACCGCAAACGUCCGCCGCGCCAACUGACUUACAAAACUUUCCAUUUGGAGAACGGCACAACCCCGCCGCCAGUGCAGAGCAGCCGACGCCGGUGCCGUGGGAAAGCGGGCUGCGCGACAUUACCGUCACCACGGACACCUCACCGCAUGCAACUGCGUAUUCCUCGGCGCUGAUGCAAGCGCUGUCCCGCAAGGAGGGCGCGGCAGUUCUGACCAGCCAGUGGGUCUCAACCACGCCUCGCUCCCACUCCUAUAGCGUUACCGACGAUCAAGACCACCACGGCACCACGAGCAGCUCCGCCUACCCACCCGACAUUUAUGAGGAGGCGAUGCGCGCCAAGGUGGCGAAGCAACAGUGGAUGGCGUUGGAGCGUGCGCGGCAGGGCGUGCUAGAAGAGGCACGGCGUCGCCGAGACUGCCCCUUCGCUCCGCAGGUCUCUCCGUACGCAUCACGGCUGCAGCGGCCGCCGUCUCUACGACCGGAGAACCGCGUCCAGUCGGAGAUCAUCCGUCGCAAGCAGUCGCUCGCAAAGCGGCAGCAGCAGGAGGUGGAACGCGAGCUGCGCGAGUGCACCUUCCGCCCGCUGACGCUGCGCGCGGCGCAGUUAGACCCCGCCGCCCUCACCCCUGCGGGGCCGGCGGUGUUCCACAACUUGUACGCAGAAGCGGAGGAUCGGCGCGCCUUCGAGGCGGAGGUGAAGCCGCUGCUUCUCCGGCAGAUGGAGGGCCGCGUGCAGCCGUCGCCGCUGCGGCCGGAGCGGUUGGCGGAGGUGGUGGAUCGCUUGUGUGCACGAGGUGUGGUCCGAACGGCGGACCCAGCCCCGUACGAGGGGGAGGAAGGGGCAGGGGCAGCUCCGUAUGCGGCUCGCUCGACGGCAGGUGGAACCGAGGCGAUGACGGCGCCGAACUCUGCAGAUCAGCAGCACCAACCUCUCCUCUCCGCGGCGUCGCAGCGCAUUGUCGCGGCGCAGGUAGCCGCCGGUGAGCGGGACCCCGACAUUGUGCGCCACCUCUACCGUCAAGCCGAGCGGGACGCGAUGAAGGAUCGGCUUCGGCUGCAGCUGGAUGAGGAGAAGGAGCGCGUCGCGCGGGCGGAGCAGGCCUUGAUCUUCGCCGAGGACCGCCGGCGUCUGCAGCAGGAAUACUACCGGUCUGUCCUUGCGGCGAAGUACAGGGCCUUGGCUAAGUACGUGAGCGAGACCCAACACAUGUCGUACCGUGCCGCAGCGCCGCAGUCCGUUGCCCUCCUCGCUCGGGCCUCCUUUGACCUGCUUAGCACAGACGAAACGGAGGAGCUGCUGAGUGCAGUGGAGAACUGUGGGCAGCACAAACUGCGCGAGGCAGAGUUCGUCGCCGUCGUCUUUCGGUACUUUGCGGAGCAGCAGGUGGCGCCGGCUGAGGCCGCGUUGCUCACCCGACCCCCGCCCGCAUGCGCCGUCGCAGGAAGCGGGGCCGCAAAUGCGAAGCGGGCGAGCAGUGCCCCGCGCUCCGCUGGCGGCGGCAGCGUGGCCGGUUCGCCGCUCAACCUGCCACGAAUUAAACGUGAGAAACCGGACCCGGCGCUCAUCGCCCAAAUCCGCGAGAACCGUGCGCUGGCGCUGGAGGAGUGGAAGAAGGAGCAUCAGCGCCGACGCGGCAUUGCGGAGGGCGUCGUGACGGACGAGGACUACCCUUUCCGACCCGCACCUCGACGUCUCAUCCCGUACGAGUGCAGACCCGAUGUCGUGGUGCCGGUGAAAAUGACGAAGAGUGAGGCGCUGCGGCGCGCCUACAUCGCGUCUCGUCAACAAGCGCCCGACGUUCCUGCUGUGCAUGCUCCAUCCACAAAGGUCGACAACGGUUCCUCGAUGGUGAGUGCAUCAGCCGCAGAGCAGACUUCCACUGCCCGGGAGCUCUUCUCGCAAUUAGCCAACACUGCGGAGGGUAUCGCCAGUGGGCAUGGUCGUGCUGGUGGCGCAACUCCAAGAGCGCGCUCACGCAGCGGAGCCGCGGCGGCGGCACUGGGCCCGUCAGAUCGUGAGCGCAGCGCAGCCAGGCAGAGCACUUCACCCGCACCACGGCCACAACCGCGGGCUGCCUCUGUCGGGACUCGCGGGCCUUCCCGCUCGCCGCCGCAAGCGACGUCUGUUAAGUCAGGCCAACAGGCAGCGCUGCCCGCAGCAAAGACAGGCAACGCUACGCCGGCUCCCUACCGUGCAAGGGCACCACUACCGAGCUCUUUAGCGACACAGCAGCAGCAGCAACGAGCUCUUAGCUCAUCACCUGCCGUGCACCGCGACACGGCACACCCGCUGACGACUCCAAAGCCGACGGAGACAACACGCCGACCUCCGAUAGAUCUGCCUGCGCCGCCGUUGUCAUUUGUGGAGCAAAUCAUGCAGAGCACCCCGGAAGAACGGGCACGUCUUGGACGUGCGCUGCUGCUUCGCCAGCUGCGCGAACACCAGCGCCGGCGAGCGGUCUGA